GAUAUGACAUGUAGGUAGUUACCCUUUCCUCAGAUAUAGAUUGAACUACGAUUUUACCGUAAAUAUAAAUAGUGUUACUUUACGUGAUUUGAAUUUACCCGCCUAAAAUCCAGACCGUGGUUUAGAAUGUAUAUACCUGUUGCCACGGGGUUCACUUGUACAAAACCGGGUGGGAGGUUUUAGCCAAUCAGAAUUAAGAUAGGCCGAUCUCCGGGCAGAGGAGAAAAACACGAUCCACCUGGGCGGCACGUUGCUGAAAGCAGCAACAAGUGUAUGGAGAUAUUUCAUUGUUUCACUAGUAUUUGACCAUGGAAAUGCUCCGUGGAGGCAGAGUGAUGGGGUGAACGCGAGGAUGGGGACCUGACCAGGACAGCGGGGCAUGACUUAGGCCAGUAUCAGCUCUAGGCAUCUUCAUGGGCGAACGACCUGUAUACUGUGGCAGUUUGAGUGUACGUCGUACAGCUGACCACACGGACCAUCCCUCUACGGCUCAUAUAUCUAUGCGGCACUCCAACGUAGACGGCGAUACACCUGGGGUUCACGCACCGAGACUCUCAUCUUGAUGGAAUGCGGUAACCAAUACAGUGGCUUCCAAUAUGUGAUGUUCUGAACUGAACUGUGUAAUUGAACUGUGUACUGGAACUAAUUACAACCCUUUAUUCUACGGACACGGAAUUGAGUUGAAUUAUGUGACAUUCUAGGGUAAAUUGAAUAGAACUCUAAUAUUAAUUCAUGAAAAGUAUUCAUGGUAAGGUUAUACGCAGGCUAGUCAAUAGUUUAUCAUACUGGUAAUUUUGUAAUAUGUGGUAAAAGACGUGGUGUACGUUUGCUCUAGUCAUAUUGUAUCAUUGAAAUACUUGGUGGCCACAGCAGCCAGUAUUGUUAUUUUUCCUAUCUGGCGUGUGGAAGUAAAUCAUUAGGGAUGGAAUUCCUGAGAUUAUAGUACUUUACUUAUGUUGAAUAUUUGUAUAUAAAUUGUUACUUGAAAAUUUAUCUCUGGGUUUGUGUAUUCCUUUCACUUGGCACCAGACCUUCGGCUAACUCUACAUUUAUGGUGGCAGCGGUGGGAUGCCUAUCAGUGUUGGUGCUUGUAGUGAAGGAAUUAUUUUUUCCUAUUUUUUAAGCCCAUUGUGAACUUUGAAACUUAAGUGGAGUGAAGAAUUUUUUUUCUUGGUUGUAAAAUGGAUUAAUCCGUAGUCUUGGGUGAAUACUAGAAAGUAUUGUGAAUAAGGUCAUCAGAGUCCAGUAAUUAUUUUUAUAUUUUUUUUAUACAUAUAUAUAUAUAAAAAAGAAAAAAAAACAAUUUUGGGUAGUUAGGGAAUUGGUCAGUAGUCAGUGUCCUGGUCAGGUCUCUCAUAUUUAUAUGAUUAGCUAUAUACUUAUUGUAGCAAAGUUCAUAGCACGGCAUGGAAAUGAUGCAAGGUUGGAUCGACUUGGGGACCAAGUUGGGUCUGGAGGACGAGGCAUUACAGGACUUUGUCAAGGAACAGCAGGACCGCGAACGUGAGGAGAGAGCGGCUGUUAGAGAGGAGCUCCGACUUAAGGAGGAGAGGGAGCUAAAACUAAUGGAGUUAACGGUACAGGAGAAGACCGAGGCGGUAAGACUCCAAACUAUGGCGAGAGGGAGAGAGGAAGAGAAAGCUAGGUUGGGAAGGUACAAUCCCAAAUUACCUCCCUUUGAUGAAACAAAGGAUGAUUUGGACUCCUACCUAAGGAGAUUUGAAACUUUUGUGUUAGCACAGGGCUGGGAUGAGGAGAACUGGGCGGUGGCUCUUAGUACAUUACUCAAGGGAAAGGCCUUGGAAGUUUUCUCAAGGUUGUCGCCAGAGACAGCUCUGCACUAUCGUUUGCUUAAGGAAGCAUUAUUGAAGCGGUUUGACUAUACAGAGGAUGGAUUUCGUAAGAAAUUUCGUGAGAGUAGAGUAGAUGAUAGAGAGACUUUUUCACAGUUUGCUGUGCGUCUGGAAAAUUAUUUUACUCGUUGGUUAGAUAUGGCCAAGUGUAGCAAGACAUAUGACGCGUUGAAAGAUCUUGUUAUUCGCGAACAGCUGCUUAUGUUGUGUCAAAAGGAACUAGUUAUAUUCCUUAAGGAAAGGAAACCAGAUUCAAUAGAACAGCUUUCACUACUGGCAGACCAGUUCAUGGAAGCUAGAAGACAACCAGCCAAAAACGUUAUGGUAAGGAAUUCUCCCUUCAGUAAACCCGUGACUCAACAUACCAGCAAUGCUAAUGGUGGCCCUAACCGAUCCAGUGGAAAUCCCUCUACAGGAAAUAGGAGCACAAACCCUACGUACACGGAUACUAGGAAGUGUUUCAACUGUCAAGGUAUUGGUCACAUCGCGGCUAAGUGUCCCAAUAGAGGAACAAAGGGGAAGUCUAUGGCAAUACAGAGUCCAGAACCAAGUUUACCAGUGAAGAGUGGGUUGUUGGGAGACUGUAAAGUCAGUGUACUGAGAGAUACGGGAUGUAGUGGCAUAGUCGUGCGCAGUAACUUGGUAGGAAAGUCUCAAUACUUGGGUUACAAUAAGACCUGUAAGUUGGCUGAUGGUACUGAAUUAACCCUUCCUGUAGCUGAGGUGUAUAUAUGCUCUCCAUUUUUCACAGGAAAGGCCGAAGUAUGGUUGAUGGAGAAUCCUGUGUAUGAUGUGUUGAUAGGAAACGUACAAGGGGCAAAGGAGCCAGACGUACCAGAUGUGGUUGCAGCAGUACAGACACGAGCUCAGAUUCGGGAACAACAGCAGGGUACAAAACCUCUGAAGGUUCCACCUCUUCUAAAGAAAGUCGCUUCGAGAACGGACAUGAUCCAAGCACAGAUGGAUGACCAGUCAUUAAAAAACCUUCAUGAUCUUGCACGACAGGGAAAGAUAAAGGAAACUCCUAAUGGGAAUGUUUCUUGUUUUACAUACCGGAAAGGUCUGCUGUAUCGGAAGAUAGAGAAACUAGGGGAAAUAACCCAUCAGGUGGUGGUGCCUAGUCCAUUCAGAGAAGCUGUCCUACAACUAGCACACGACGGCAUCAUGGCGGGGCACAUGGGAAUCAAAAGGACUACUGAGAGAGUCAUGUCGGGAUUCUUUUGGCCUGGAUGUAAAAUAGAUGUAUCUAGAUACUGUAAAUCGUGUGACAUAUGCCAACGAACCAUACAGAAAGGACGUGUUAACAAAGCACCGCUUGGAGAAAUGCCAAUCAUAGGGCAAGCUUUUGAAAGGGUAGCAGUAGAUUUAAUUGGACCUCUGAUUCCUGCUUCAGAUAGAGGACACAGGUACAUAUUAACUCUUGUAGACUUUGCAACCAGAUAUCCAGAGGCUGUACCUUUAAAGAAAAUUGACACAGAAGGCGUGGCGGAUGCAUUGCUUGACAUAUUUAGCCGUGUUGGGGUCCCCAGAGAAAUCCUCAGUGAUCGAGGCGGACAAUUUACCUCGGAAAUGAUGGCUGAAGUUAGUAGGUUGCUUUCCAUGAAGCAGCUAGUUACUACGCCUUAUCACCCAGCAUGCAACGGCUUAGUCGAGAGAUAUAAUGGCACACUGAAGUCAAUGUUGAAGAGGAUGUGCACGGAACGUCCAAAAGAUUGGGACCGUUAUGUAAGUCCACUUCUUUUUGCGUAUCGCGAGGUACCGCAGGAGUCAUUAGGGUUUGCGCCAUUUGAACUCCUUUUUGGCCGGACAAUACGAGGACCUAUGGAAAUCUUAGGAGAACUCUGGACCAAGGAUGUUGAUAACUCGGAAACCAAAACCACUUAUCAAGACGUGCUUGACCUGAAAGAAAAGCUAGAAGAAACGUGCCAGCUAGCGCGGGAAAAUCUUACGCGAGCAAGGAGAGUACAGAAGAAACAGUACGACAGAAAUGCCAGGAGGAAAGACCUCGGAGAAGGCGACAAGGUACUAGUUCUACUACCUACAAAAAGCAACAAACUCGAACUGCAAUGGAAGGGACCUUUUCAAGUUGUCAAGGCAACCAAUUUGGACUACAAAAUUGACAUGGGUAAUAAAAUCAAAACUUUUCAUGCAAACAUGCUUCAGAAGUAUGUGGAGAGAGAGACAGCUCAGACUACAUAUAGCAGACAGCAGGAAAAAGGAAUUUUAGCUGCGGUGUCAUUGUCUGUUGUUGAGGAAACGUCUGAGGAGGUUUACCCUAUUCCAAUGCCAGGAAUAGAGUCAUCAGAGUCGGUAGAGGAUUGUCAUGUGUCAGAGACGCUUGAGGAUACAGCUCAACAACAAAUGAGGUCAUUACUACAGGAAUUUAGUGAUGUUAUGACGGAUCUUCCUGGCUGUACACCAUUAACGAAACAUGACAUUCGGACAACUACAGAUCAGCCUGUAAGGGUGAAACCCUACCCGGUGCCAUAUCAGGUGACCGAGACAAUUAAAAGGGAGCUUCAUAAAAUGUUGGAAAUGGACAUUAUAGAGAAAUCAGAUUCUGACUACAGCUCACCUGUCGUUCUGGUACGGAAAAAGGAUGGAACGUGUCGGUUCUGUGUGGACUACCGUCAAUUGAACAAGAUAACCAUCUUUGACGCGGAACCAAUGCCAUCGACAGAGGACUUGUUUGUAAAGUUGGCCAGAUGCAAGUACCUAAGCAAGAUAGACUUAAGCAAGGGAUAUUGGCAGGUGCCUAUGACGGAUCAGGCAAAACGACGUAGUGCAUUUACAACACCCAUGGGUCUUUAUCAGUUUAAGGUGAUGAGUUUUGGGUUAGUCAACGCACCUGCAACUUUUAGUCGGCUAAUGAGGAAGGUGUUGGAAGGAAUGAAUGACUUGGAUAAUUUCCUGGAUGAUAUACUGGUGUUCACAGUCACAUGGGAGGAACACCUUGAAAGCCUACACAGCCUACUCCAACGCUUGCGGGACUCAAAACUCACAGCAAGGCCAACGAAAUGUUUCUUUGGUUACGAGGAGCUGGAAUGCUUAGGACACAUGGUGGGACAAGGUACACUACGACCUGUGGCAGAAAAACUUGAUUCCAUUCAGCGAGCACCUGUACCCUCGACAAAACGGCAAGUGAGAUCAUUUAUCGGACUAGCCAGCUACUACCGCAAAUUUAUUCCGAAUUUUGCGGCUAUUGCCGUCCCCCUUACAGAUCUUACCAAAAAGGGAAUGCCCAACAAAGUGAUAUGGGAGGUUGCACAAGAGGAAGCGUUCAACACUCUCAAAGAUCUGCUUAUGUCGGAACCAGUAUUACGUCUGCCUGAUCUUGACAAGGAGUUUACACUUAGAACAGAUGCAUCAGAUCUGGGUCUAGGGGCAAUACUACUCCAAGAAUGUGAUGGAAAAUUUCACCCGAUUGCUUAUGCCAGCAGAAAACUGUUACCUAGGGAACGCAGAUAUGCGGUCAUGGAGAAGGAGUGUCUGGCCUUGGUAUGGGGUGUUAUGAAAUUCCAGCGAUACUUGCUUGGCAAGGAAUUUUGUGUAGAGACAGACCACCAACCAUUGACUUGCCUCAGCAAAAGCAAGGUAGCGAAUGCAAGGAUCAUGAGGUGGGCCAUGCUCCUGCAACCAUUUAGGAUGAGGAUUAAGGCAAUCCCAGGCAGAGACAAUGUCGGUGCAGACUAUCUGAGUCGGGCUAUGAACGAAUAGUGUAGUUGCCAUUAUACAGUAUGUUGCCAUUAUACAGUAUAGGUGGAAGUAGACAGUGACUUACCAUUUUAGAUGGACAUUUUUUAUAUGGUAUGUCAAGAUGGGGGUUAAGAUGCUUUGUUUGUAUAUAUAGAAGUAGUGGAUGCUACUUAUUCACAGCAUUGAUCAUAAGGUACGCACAUACUCUAGAAAGGGGGAAGUGUCAAGAUAUGACAUGUAGGUAGUUACCCUUUUCACAGAUAUAGAUUGAACUACGAUUUUACCGUAAAUAUAAAUAGUGUUACUUUACGUGAUUUGAAUUUACCCGCCUAAAAUCCAGACCGUGGUUUAGAAUGUAUAUACCUGUUGCCACGGGGUUCACUUGUAUAAAACCGGGUGGGAGGUUUUAGCCAAUCAGAAUUAAGAUAGGCCGAUCUCCGGGCAGAGGAGAAAAACACGAUCCACCUGGGCGGCACGUUGCUGAAAGCAGCAACAAGUGUAUGGAGAUAUUUCAUUGUUUCACUAGUAUUUGACCAUGGAAAUGUGAGUACAGUUUGUAUUUUGUCAUUCUGUCACUGCAGGUUCAUGUAUUUUUGAGUGUCAGUCCGUUUUUUUUUUGGUAAUAAUUGGCUAUUUCUUGUAAGUGAGGCGAGACUCGAGCUGGGCGCUCGAGCACAUGUUUGUAAGCAGUAUUCGCACUUCACAAUGUUGUACAGUAACAAUAUCAUAUUAAAUUGUUGACAAAAUGUUAAAGGAAGACCAGUAGUAGGUAAUAUUUCACUGUCAGUGAAUAAUAUACUUAUAUUUUGUAUUUUGUAAGGGAAAGAUAAAACUUAAGGUCACGUUAGGUCACGUAGGUCACGUUUCACUUCCGGUGUCACCGGAAGCUUCCUAUAAAAUGUAAACAUAGUCUGUUGUAAAGAGAAAGUAACAAUAAGUUUGGUCUGGCAGGCUCCAUGGAGGUAGAGUGAUGGGGUGAACGUGAGGAUGGGGACCUGACCAGGACAGCGGGGCAUGACUUAGGCCAGUAUCAGCUCUAGGCAUCUUCAUGGGCGAACGACCUGUAUACUGUGGCAGUUUGAGUGUACGUCGUACAGCUGACCACACGGACCAUCCCUCUACGGCUCAUAUACCUAAGCGGCACUACAACGUAGACGGCGAUACACCUGGGGUUCACGCACCGAGACUCUCUCAUCUUGCUGGAAUGCGGUAACAAAUACAGUGGCUUCCAAUAUGUGAUGUUCUGAACUGAACUGUGUAUUUGAAUUGUGUACUGGAACUAAUUACAACCAUUUAUUCUACGGACACGGAAUUGAGUUGAAUUAUGUGACAUUCUAGGGUAAAUUGAAUAGAACUCUAAUAUUAAUUCAUGAAAAGUAUUCAUGGUAAGGUUAUACGCAGGCUAGUCAAUAGUUUAUCAUACUGGUAAUUUUGUAAUAUGUGGUAAAAGACGUGGUGUACGUUUGCUCUAGUCAUAUUGUAUCAUUGAAAUACUUGGUGGCCACAGCAGCCAGUAUUGUUAUUUUUCCUAUCUGGCGUGUGGAAGUAAAUCAUUAGGGAUGGAAUUCCUGAGAUUAUAGUACUUUACUUAUGUUGAAUAUUUGUAUAUAAAUUGUUACUUGAAAAUUUA